GGCCCGAUCCAGAGCGCCUGACCUCCCCCUUCCCCGGGGCCAUGGCAAAGCUGUGCCAGCCCAGCCCGGCGCCCCUCCUAACAGCUGGCGUGACACGAUUUGUAAACUAAAGGACAGCAGCUCGUUUCAGCACAGCCCGGCAGUCUCCCAGACCUGGAGUGUACGGGCCUCGCACCGAGACAGAGGGGUCGCCCCCCAGGGUUCCUCUCACCCACCUGCUCCCCUCUGUGAACUCCUUACCACGGAGCCGCGAGGUGGGGCGCGUGGGACCGCAUACCCAGUACUGGCCCGCGCCAGGCAUCCGGAUCCAAGCACAAGUACGGGCGUGAGCUUUGCCCUUUCUGCACCCCUGUGCAGGGGCCCAGAGUGCGCACCCGCCCUUCAUCCUUUGCUGAAGGACCCAGGCCGGUCCACUUGCCACGGCCACCUGCAGCUCUGCCUCUGCCUCAGGGAAACCCCUCCGCACACACACACACACACACACACCCCUCGGUGUGAGAAUUGGGUAAGAGUGCCUCCCAACAUGGCCAGCCCCUUCUGCCUCUUCAAAGCCGGAGGCCUGGCCCCUUCUGCCUUGUCUUUUCCCGGCUCCUCCAUCUGGAAGGCCUGCAGCCACGCUCCUCUGCCAAGUCCUGAUGAUAAGAAAUCAGAACUGCUGCCAGAGGGGUGGAACAGCAAUAAAGACCUCUAUGUGCUCCGUUAUGAGGCUAAGGAUGGGUCCAGAAAGCUCCUGGUGAAAGCCGUCACCAUGGAGAACAGCAUGAUCAUUAACGUGUUGGAAUAUGGCACACAGCAAGUGGCAGACUUGACUCUGAACUUGGAUGAUUAUAUCAGUGCAGAAGACCUGGGUGAUUUCCACAGGACCUACAAGAACAGUGAGGAGCUGCGGUCUCGCAUCGUGUCAGGAAUCAUCACGCCUAUCCAUGAGCAGUGGGACAAGGCUAACGUAAACAGUCCCCCUCGGGAGUUUCCCCCUGCCACCGCCAGCGAGGUGGACCCACUCCGGAUUCCUCCACACCACCCGCAUACCAGCCGCCAGCCUCCCUGGUGUGAUCCCCUGGGCCCGUUUGCCGUCGGGGGAGAAGACCUAGACCCCUUUGGGUGUCGGAGAGGUGGCAUGAUUGUGGAUCCCCUGAGAUCUGGCUUCCCAAGAGCACUUAUUGACCCAUCCUCAGGCCUCCCGAACCGUCUUCCGCCAGGCGCUGUACCCCCAGGAGCUCGCUUUGACCCCUUUGGACCCAUUGGGACCAGCCCAUCAGGACCUAACCCAGACCAUCUCCCCCCGCCGGGCUACGAUGACAUGUACCUGUGAAGGCCUCAAGAAUGUAACAUCCCAGCCUUCCCUCCACUCUCCUGGAGCUGCCACCGCUGGCCCCGUCAGCAACCGUGUUCUCGCGGGCUGGGGGCAAGGGACUCUGCCCAUGUGUUUGCAGGCCGGCUGGGGUUGCCUCCCCUCCCCUUAUCAGAGCUAAGGCACUUGCUGCAGCUCUCCACCUGGCUGCCUUAGGUCCCAAAGAUCUCACACCAUCAGCUCCUCCCCACUUUCCAAGGGAGCCUCCGGCAACAUAAACCCUCCACCCGAUGCAGUCCCAGUCACAGCGCUAUAAGAACAGAACGCAUUUUGGAUGUUAUUAUUAAGAACCAAAUGUCAAUACAAAAUUCACGUUGCCGGUCUCCCACUUUUCUUUUUGCUUUGAUGCACACAGCUCCUUCUGGUGACAAGGCUUUAGCGUUUUAGUCUUUGUAGGGCCCAGCAACUCUCUUCCUGCCCAGGGCCUGCUCUUGCUCCUCAGGCACUUGUGCUCAUAAACUGCUGUUGCUCCUGAGAUCGCUAAGAUGGGUCCGACUCCUUGGAUAGAAAAUGAGUGACUAGGAAUGCAUUGGUCUUAGAACAGGGCAGGCACACUGUGGAAAGACUGCAUCACUCCGACAAGGGCACAGUCCUCCUGUAUUCCUGUUCUGGGCCAGCCUGCAGCUCCGUCUGCCCCUGGGCAGCAGUAGCCUGAUAAGCAGAGGAAUAAACAGAACAGACCUAGAGGCUAAUCUCAUUUUUGCCCUAACUCACUGAGUGACCCUAAGCAAGUCCCACCUUUUAGGCCUCUCGCCCACCUAUGAAAUGAGAGAUCCUUUCCUGCCCUGAAACCUCAGUGCUACUUUCUAUGGCUGGGGCCCCUAGGGACCGGGGCAGAAGGAGCAGACUGAAAUUCAAGGCUCUCUAUGGUACUGCUCACUGAGUCUCCCUCUCUCUUGUCCCUCUUGGGGCCCAGUCAAGAUCACGGCAGCAUGGGCUCUGUCUGAGUGUGGUGGUGAAAUUCGGGAGGAACAGGGAGCCCCAGCUCUGGAAGCCACUGUCCUGUGUCCAUACCCACCUGACAUUUGGUGUUCUCCGGAUCCUUUUCAGGCCGAGGCCUGACCCGUGGGCAGUGAUGAGCCCCUAUGCUACAGUGGAAAGAGCACCCUAGAGGCACGGGUCAAGGCACUAGUCACUUUGGCUCCCCCACUAGCGUUUCAGCUGUGUGGGGGUCCUUUUACUUCUCAGCUUUUCUGAUCCCUCCCCAAAGUUAGGACGUAUUGCUUACCUGUGGGCAGUAGCUCCUGCAGCUUUGCUGAAGCACUGCCAGGCUGUUUCUGUGCUGCUCUUCUGCUCGCUCAGCCUGAGGAUGGGUAGUGGUGAGCUAAACUGACCCUCGGGCCCAGGGUGGGAGGCUUGCAGGAGCAGGCUUCCUGGGUGUUUUGGCGGUUUCCAUGUCAAACACCAAGAUGCCAGAGGUAGCUAACAGCUUUGAAGCCCUUAGAACAUUUGUGCACUUAGGGAAAGACCCAGAUAUCAGGCAGAGGCACAGAUGCCAUCCUUACUCAUAACCUUCUUCCUUGAGGGCUGGUGAGUUAGUGAAAUAGGAGUUCUGGUUUGGGAAUCAGAUCGUACCUGUAACCAAAGGGAUCGGGAGCGAUUUGCUCAUGAAAACAUCCUUUAUUAUAACAGGAAGCAUCUGUAAAAGGAACAUCAGACUGGAGACAUCAGGCAGGGAGCGUAGAUCACUAAGUGUCUGAUUCAAGGAAAAAAUAAGAUUAAUAAUAAAUUUUCCACUUACGUUUUCUAGAGCAAAGGUUGAAAAUACAAUCAUAUACCUACUUCUGUUUUCUGAAGCAGAAGGUAUAGUGAUUCCUCUUCAGAAUCAGCCGUUGGUUACGUGGGUCUCCCUGCAUCAAGGACACUGAGGAGGAGCACAGGCCAUGUCUUAGAUGUUGCGUGGGGGCAGUGAAUGGGGUCUUUAGGAACUUCCUGGUCAAGCUGUUGGUGCUGGAUUUGACGUGAGCUGCUCCCCUCCUCCAGCUGUGAGUCCUCCCCGAGCCGCAGGUGGGAACGUUGCAGGUGUAUGUUUUGUAGAACUCCCAAAUUGUAGCCUUAACAAUAAACAUCCACACUUCAUAACCUGUUCUUUCUUAGUGAUAGCUUUAUUGAGAUACAGUUCACAGACCAAAAGUUCACCUUUUUCAAGUAUGCAAUUCAGUGAGCUUUAUUUACUAUCUUCACAGUGUUGUGCAUCCAUCACCAUGUGCAAUUCCUGAACAUUGUCACCACCCUGAAAAGAAGCUUCAUACCCAUGAGCAGUCACUCCCUUUCUCCCUCCUCCCAACCCCCAGUCCAGGAAAUCACUAAUCUCUCCCUGUAUCGUUAAAGAUUUGCCUAUUCUAGACAGUUCUCAUAAGUGGAGUCACUUCAUGUGUGGCGUUUUGUCUCUGGCUUCUUUCAUUAGGUGUAAUGUUUUUAAGAUGCUCUCACAUUAUAACAUCUGUCUGUAUUUCAUUCCUUUGUGUAGCUGAAUAAUGCCCAUUGCAUGAAUAUGUCACAUUUUGCUCACUCAUUUACCAGUUGGUGGACAGUUGGGUUACUGCUUUUUGGCUAGUAGGAAUCAAGGCAUGGCGUUGCUGGAUUACGUGGUAACUUUGUGUUUAAUGUUCCAAGACUCUGCCAAGCUUUUUUCUACAGCAGCUGCACCACUUGGCCCUCCCACCAAAACUUGUGAGGGUUCCAGUUGCUUCACUUCCUCGUACUGGUUAUUCUUCAUCUUCUUGCUUACCACCAUCUUAGUGGGUGUGAAGUGGUAUCUUGUGGGUUUUGCCUUCUUUUUUUCUUUCUUUUUUUUUUUUUUAAGAAGAAAUUUGACCUAGGCUAAACAAGGCAGAGACCAGAGGCACUCACCCUGGGGAAUAGACCAUGGGUGACCAUGGCUGGUGAGCUGCAGAGGAGUUGCGUUUGACUUUGGGAGAUGUUUUCGGCUUGAUGUGAUGCAGGAAAGUUCCAUGGCCUUUUCUAGUGAGAUUCACAGCAUCACUUUGGCUUGGUGCAAAAUUUCAUUGUUCGUCCAGUGACUUUAUAAGUACAAUAAACGCCUGGUUCUAAGUGAUUGUCUGUUGGGGGUGAAAUGCCAUAGACCACAAGUUCUGUUUCUGGGAUGCACUGACUCACAUCCCACCUUCUCUUCCUUAGCUUGUCUCCUCCCUGAUUCUCAGAGCUGGCUGUGUUUCUCAUCACAUUUAUCUAAUUGUGAGCAUCUGCCAACCUCCAUUGAGAAAUCAAGAGUCUCUUAAGGUCCCAAGAAUGUAUUGUGCUCAGAAUGGAGACUCUGUUCCUGUGCUGGGUGGCCAGUGCCUGUUGACAAGAGUUCAAAAGUGGGCAGCAAGUCCCAUACAGCCUCACUCUGGAACCCAGCUUUCCUCGUGGGCUCCCUCUCUGUUGUCAUUAAUGGCAUUUUUUUGUAACUGAUUCAUGUGUCUCUUCACUGGAGGAAAAUUGGAAUCUGUAGUCUGUCACCUAAUCUUGUCCAUUUUGGUACAAUUCCAAUAAAGACAGGUUCUACCCCUAGGAGAGGAAAGACUGCCCACAUGCACACGCA